AUGUCUGGUAACUUAAGAUCUCGCCACGCAUUUCAUAACACAUUUGGAGAUAAUACAUCGGAAAAAGAUAAUGAAAAGAAGUUUCAAAAUCAAGGAGCAGAAUCGUACUCAAACACGUCAUCAGUAACACAUCCGUUUCAAAACCAGUCGUUGCAGCACUCCUCGGGACCGGCAGGCGCAGCCUACACUUCCACGAGUUCAAUAGCAACAGACUCGUCAAUAGGGAGCAGGAGUAACGUGAGUUCGAAGUCGUACACGCAGGGAACGAACGUAUCGUCGCCGUUCCCAAAAACGUACAGUAUACCGGCGAACACAACAAGCUCCCCGUUUUCAGCGGCAACGAGCGUGCCGAAUGCAAUUGCAGCAGGCAGCCAUCGAUUUCAGCAGGGCACGCCAGUUAGCCCAGUUCUCCAGCACGGGAGCGGUUACAGCGGCUACCCAGGGGAGCCGCAGAGCCUAGGGGCGCCGGCUGCAGGGUUCGCAAGUGCGCCAAGCUACAGCGCAGGAGCCAGCUCCGCGUCGGCCAGUUACCAGGGCCCGUACGCAAACCUGGGAGCACAGGCGUACGGGAACGUGUCACCCACCGCCUUUAGCCAAUCGCAAAAACCUCAGGACAACGCAAUGAUGUACCCGGAGGGUCAUAUGAGCCAGAGCGCCUUCGCAAACCAGGCAGCUGUAAGUCCGAUAGUGGCGCCAGCGAGUUUCAGCACGCCUGGAUUCAACACGAACUCAGUGGCGCCAACUACGAAUGUGAGCGCAAACGCUGGCAUGGGAAUGAGCGCAAAUGCAACUCAAAUUGGGUUCUCGCCCCUGCCGGCUCAGCUGGGAGCGCAACUGACGAAGUUCGGAGAGAUCUACAACCAGAGGCUGCAGCAGUCGGACGGAGACGACGAGGAGGACCCGCCGCUGCUGGAAGAGCUGGGCAUCAACGUGGUGGACAUAUACAACCACAUGAUGUCAGUGCUGCUGCCGAAGAGGGGCAGUCUGAGCUUCAAGAACUACGACGACCUCUACGGCCCCCUGCUGAUCUUCGUGGCCUUCGCGGUGUGCCUGAUGGUAUCGGGAAAGAUCUGCUUCAGCACGAUCUACGUGCUCUUCGUCUUCUGCAACCUGGGAAUAUACAUGCUCUUCAACUUCCUCAACGAGACUUACGUCAGCUUCUCGAAGACGGUCACGAUACUGGGCUACUCUCUGCUUCCGCUCUGCGUGACGCCGGUGUUCGGGCUCCUUUCCAGGUUCAUCAGAAUCGUACCGGUGCUCAUGGUCUACGUGUUUGUGCUAUGGAGCACAGUGUCAGCGUCAUAUCUAUUUCAAGUGGUAAGAUGA